GUAAUUAUUUAGCGCAACAGAGGCCCGGGUGGAAAAAAAGUGGUCCCACUGUGGACGAGUAGUCACCAAAUUGGGACAGCAAUGGUGAAUGGCGGUGAGAGAAUUUAGCAACUGCUUUGAACGCAUUUAGCCAAGACGAUCAACUGCAAAUCAAACAUCAGGUGAACUUUAACAAGGAGGAAGAUGAUGAAUGAAAUGAGAUAAAGCUGACACCUGGAGGAGCCGGGCCCCUCACCUCCACCUGUUUAAAGCAUGGCAGGCUUGCAGCUUGUCACCCCUGCCACUUCACCCAUGGGGCCCUUCUUUGGCCUGCCAUGGCAGCAGGAGGCUAUUCAUGACAAUAUCUAUACACCUAGGAAAUAUCAGGUAGAACUUCUUGAAGCAGCUCUUGAACACAAUACUAUCGUCUGCUUGAAUACUGACUCAGGGAAGACCUUUAUUGCAGUACUUCUAACAAAAGAGCUCUCCCACCAAAUCCGCGGACAUUACCAAGAAAAUGCGAAGAGGACUGUUUUUCUCAUGAACACAGCUUUGUCUGUAGUUCAGCAAGCAGCUGCAGUCAGGACUCAUUCUGACCUCCAGGUGGGAGAGUACACUGAUGUGGAUGAGACUUCAGCUUGGACUGCCCAACAGUGGAGUCGACAUAUAAUAGAAAACCAGGUGCUGGUCAUGACUUGCCACAUAUUUCUGUAUGUUCUGAGGAAGAAAAUCUUGCCGUUGUCAAAAAUCAACUUGGUGAUUUUUGAUGAUUGUCACCUGGCUAUCACAGACCACCCCUACUGUGAGAUAAUGAAGCAGUUUCAGGGCUGCUCGUGCAGCCCUCGUAUCCUGGGUCUGACAGCUUCCAUUUUGAAUGGAAAAUGUGAUCCUUCAGAACUGCAGGAGAAGAUCCAAAAUCUGGAGAGAAUCCUGAAGAGCAAUGCUGAAACUGCCACUGACCUCGUGGUCUUGGACAGAUAUGCCUCCCAGCCAAGAGAAGUGGUGUUGGACUGCGGCCCUUACGUAGAUAAGAGUGGCCUUUCCCUCCGUCUGCAGACAGAGCUGGAUGAAGCGCUCAACUUCUUAAAUGACUGUAACAUGUGUGUCACCAGGGAGGAUCGUGAUCCCACAUUCAUCUCCAAACAGGUUCUGAGUGAUUGCAGAGCUGUCCUGCAAGUACUGGGACCCUGGUGCGCCGAUAAGGCCGCAGGCAUCAUGGUCCGCGAACUUCAGAAGUACAUUAAACAUGAGCAGGAGGAGCUCAACCGCAAGUUCCUACUGUUUACCGACACCAUCUUGCGUAAGGUUCAUGCACUCUGUGAGGAGCACUUCUCCCCUGCGUCACUGGAUCUCAGGUUCGUCACCCCCAAGGUCCUCCGACUGCUUGAGAUCCUACACGAAUACAAGCCCUUUGAGCGGCAGCAGUUUGAGAGCGUAGAGUGGUACAACAACCGAAACCAGGACAACUAUGUGUCCUGGAGCGACUCUGAGGACGAAGAUGAGGACGAGGAGGUGGAGGCCAAAGAAAGGCCUGAAGCUAACUUUCCCUCACCGUUCACCAACAUCCUGUGUGGAAUCAUCUUUGUGGAGAGGCGCUACACAGCUGUUGUCCUGAAUCGUCUUAUUAAAGAAGCAGGAAAGCAGGACCCUGAGCUGGCCUACAUCAGCAGCAACUUCAUCACCGGUCACAGUAUUGGCAAGAACCAGCCCCGGAACAAGCAGAUGGAGGUGGAGUUCAGGAAACAGGAGGAGGUUCUCCGUAAAUUCCGGGCUCAUGAAACCAAUCUGCUGAUUGCCACCAGCAUCGUAGAGGAAGGCGUAGAUAUUCCAAAGUGUAACCUGGUGGUGCGGUUUGACCUGCCGACAGAAUACAGGUCGUAUGUCCAGUCCAAAGGCAGAGCUCGGGCACCUGUCUCCAAUUACAUCAUGCUGGCUGACAGUGAAAGAACCAACGCCUUUGAGGAAGAUCUCACUACCUACAAGGCUAUAGAGAAGAUUUUGAGGAACAAGUGUUCUAAGUCACUGGAGGUGAGUGAAUUUGAAGUGGACCAAGUGCUGGAUGAUGACAACAUCCUCCCACCGUACGUGCUGCGGUCCGAGGAUGGCGGUCCAAGGGUCACCAUCAACACAGCCAUCGGACACAUAAACAGGUAUUGUGCUCGACUGCCCAGUGACCCAUUCACUCAUUUGGCCCCAAAAUGUAAAACAGCAGAGAUACAGCUGGGACGCUUCCAGUCCACACUGUUCUUACCCAUCAACUCCCCUCUGCGGGUUCCUGUUAAGGGGCCUAUAAUGAACUGUGCCAGACUGGCAGAAAAAGCUGUUGCACUAGUAUGUUGUGAGAAACUCCACAAAAUAGGUGAGCUGGAUGACCACCUGAUGCCAGUGGGGAAAGAGACCGUGAAGUAUGAGGAGGAGCUGGACCUUCAUGAUGAGGAAGAGACCAGUGUGCCAGGCCGCCCCGGUUCCACCAAGAGAAGGCAGUGCUACUCAAAAGCCAUACCAGAGUGUCUGCGGGACAGUUACGCCGUACCAGGACAGACUUACUACCUGUAUGUGAUUGGGAUGGUGCUCACCACCCCACUGCCUGAUGAACUUAACUUCCGCAGACGAAAGCUCUACCCACCAGAGGACACCACCAGGUGCUUCGGUAUCCUGACCGCCAAACCCAUACCUCGGAUCCCCCACUUCCCAGUGUAUACCCGCUCAGGGGAGGUGACCAUCUCCAUUGAGCUGCAGAAGUCUGGCUUCACGCUUCCCACUGCCCAACUGGAGCUCAUCACACGCUUGCACCAGUACAUCUUCUCCCACAUUCUCCGCCUGGAGAAACCUGCGCUGGAGUUCAAGCCCAUGCUGGCUGACUCUGCUUAUUGUGUACUACCUCUUAAUGUUGUUGGUGACUCCAACACACUAGAUGUGGACUUUAAGUUCAUGGAAGACAUUGAGAAGUCUGAGGCCCGCACUGGCAUUCCUACCACGCAGUACACCAAGCAGAACCCCUUCACCUUCAAGCUGGAGGACUACCAGGAUGCUGUCAUCAUUCCGAGAUACCGUAACUUUGACCAGCCCCACCGCUUCUACGUCGCUGAUGUGUACACAGACCUGACACCGCUCAGCAAGUUUCCUUCCCCAGAGUACGAAACAUUUGCAGAGUACUACAAAACCAAGUACAACCUUGACCUGUCAAACCUGAACCAGCCGCUACUGGAUGUAGAUCACACUUCCUCUAGGCUGAAUCUGUUGACACCUCGGCACCUGAACCAGAAGGGCAAAGCCCUGCCCCUCAGCAGUGCAGAGAAGAGGAAGGCUAAGUGGGAGAGCCUGCAGAACAAACAGAUCCUGGUCCCAGAGCUGUGUGCCAUCCACCCCAUCCCUGCUUCCCUGUGGAGGAAAGCAGUGUGUCUGCCCAGCAUUCUCUACCGCCUCCACUGCCUUCUUACUGCAGAAGAGCUCCGAGCCCAAACAGCCAGUGAAGCUGGCGUGGGGGUCCAAACCCUACCACCUGACUUCAGGUAUCCAAACUUGGACUUUGGCUGGAAGAGAUCUAUUGACAGCAAAACAUUCAUCUCAUGUCCUGAAUGCUGUAGUGAGGAAGAUGAAGGUCACUGUAAGAACCAAGAGGCUGCGGUGCCUGACCCCAGUUCUCUAACACAACCCAGCAGCCACCCCUCUCCCCCGUCUGAGCAGGAGCUCCUCCCCUUUAUUAAGCAGGACGAUGUCUCCUUGGCCAGGAAUCUAACUAAUGGCAGUGCCCUAGUUGCAAACUGUAUCAACAACGGCCACUGCGACGAGCACGCUCCCCAUCAUGACAGUUGUAAACACUCCCAGCCCAGCCUGCCUGCGCUGCAGAGCCCCGAAUCAAUAAAAGUCGCUACCUCAGUUCCUGUGCAUACGUGUCACAGCUUGAAGAAGCCCAGCACCAGUCCUCCACAUGUUUGUGAUGAAUGUACAGCAGGGGGGGCCUCAGACCACAGGAAUAAAACUACCUCAGCCAGGUUUCCCAAUGCUCCCACAGCACCUUCUCCUGGUCCUGCUGCCGGCCCCCAGGCAGUAGACUCCCCCAGGAACCUGGGUCCCAAUCCAGGCCUGAUCCUGCAGGCCUUGACUCUGUCAAAUGCCAGCGACGGCUUCAAUCUGGAGCGGCUGGAGAUGCUCGGUGACUCUUUCCUGAAGCAUGCCAUCACCACAUACCUGUUCUGUACCUACCCUGACGCUCACGAGGGGAGACUGAGCUACAUGCGCAGCAAAAAGGUAAGCAACUGUAACCUGUACCGCCUGGGGAAGAAGAAGGGCCUGCCCAGCAGAAUGGUGGUGUCUAUCUUUGACCCCCCUGUUAACUGGCUGCCUCCUGGAUAUGUGGUAAACCAGGACAAGAGCAGCACUGACAAACUGGAUUCAGACGAGUCCAAAGAGGAGCUUCUGGCCAAUGGAGGUUCUGGAAACGACUACCACGAGGACAACGACGACGGGGAAGAGUUGGACGAGGAUGGUGAGCUGAUGCUUAAGGGCGAGCCCAAGGAUGACGUCAACAUGGAGGACGAUCUGGAGUACUACAAGGAGCACAUAAAGUUCAUUGACAACAUGCUGCUGGGAUCUGGUGCAUUCGGUAAGAAGAUCUCUCUUGGUGUCUUUCCUCCCUCCCUGACACCGGCCUCUGGUUCCUCUGCUAUGGACUCGCCAUAUGAAUGGAAGGCCCCGAAGAAGCCCCUUCAUCCAACCUCGGCCCAUUACGCCUCGGAACCGAUGGCCAGCGGCCCAUCAGCUGAGGAGUUUGACUACAGCUCAUGGGACGCCAUGUGUUACCUGGACCCCAGCAAAGCUGGAGAGGAGGACGACUUUGUGGUUGGGUUUUGGAAUCCAUCAGAGGAGAACUGCGGUGCGGAGCUUGGAAAGCAGUCGAUCUCCUACGACCUGCACACCGAACAGUGCAUCGCGGACAAGAGCAUUGCUGACUGUGUGGAGGCUCUGCUAGGUUGCUAUCUGACCAGCUGUGGGGAAAGAGCUGCCCAGAUGUUCCUGUGCUCAUUGGGCCUCAAGGUGUUGCCGUUGGAGAGGGGGACCUUGUCAGGGGCGGUAUUGCCAAGCUGUCAUUCCACAGCCAGUGGAAUGUGCUAUGGUUGGCUGAAGAUCCCACCCCGCUGCAUGCUGGACCAUCCUGAUGCAGAGAGGACCCUCAGUCAUCUAAUCUCUGGCUUUGAGAACUUUGAAAAAAAAAUCAACUAUACCUUUAAAAACAAGGCUUACCUCCUGCAGGCCUUCACCCACGCUUCCUACCAUUACAAUACCAUCACAGAUUGUUAUCAGCGGCUAGAAUUUCUUGGUGAUGCGAUUCUAGACUACCUCAUAACAAAGCACCUUUACGAGGACCCGCGGCAGCACUCCCCCGGCGUGCUCACUGACCUGCGCUCAGCACUUGUCAACAACACCAUCUUCGCCUCUCUGGCUGUCAAGUACGACUACCACAAGUACUUCAAGGCCAUUUCCCCUGAACUUUUUCACGUCAUUGAUGACUUCGUGCAGUUUCAGCUGGAGAAGAACGAGAUGCAAGGCAUGGACUCAGAGCUUCGACGCUCUGAGGAAGACGAGGAGAAAGAGGAGGACAUUGAGGUCCCUAAGGCCAUGGGGGACAUCUUUGAGUCACUAGCCGGAGCGAUCUACAUGGACAGCAGGAUGUCACUGGAGACAGUGUGGCAGGUGUAUUAUCCAAUGAUGAGACCUCUUAUAGAAAAAUUCUCUGCCAAUGUGCCGCGCUCUCCUGUGAGGGAGCUGCUGGAGAUGGAACCAGAAACUGCCAAGUUCAGCCCUGCAGAGAGAACAUACGACGGGAAGGUGCGUGUGACGGUGGAGGUGGUCGGUAAAGGCAAGUUUAAAGGAGUGGGCCGCAGCUAUCGGAUCGCUAAGUCGGCUGCAGCAAGACGAGCUCUGCGCAGCCUCAAAGCCAAUCAACCUCAGGUCCAAAGCAACUGAGCUCCUCCCCUGCGGCUCCCAGCAUUAGCACUAAGCUGUUGUCGCUAACGGAGAAAAGGCAAAGCGCAGUCUCCCAGUCCAGCGUGAUGCUGCGCCCGUAUCGUCAUCCUGUGCUCGCGCAGCCGAGGCUUCCAGGGAACAGAAGCAGACUGAUCUCACAACAGAUUUCACAUCAGAUCUUUAACCUUUUUUUGUUUUUGCGCAAACACAAUCUUUUCUUUCCCCUUUUCUGCUUUGUGUAAUCACGAGUGCUUUAUUAACGUUUAGCAAUGUGGUUAAAACGGUCAGGUCGCGAUGUCUGUUCCUCAGUUCAGUUAUCGUUUGUUUUUUGAUAACCUUCGUGUCUGUGAGAUGAGGUUUCUGCUCAUCAUGUAGUAUUAGAUUGUACAUAGUGCAGUUAAAGUCAGCCUGUGCACUAGUGCCACUCGGUCCUGACAGACAUGGCUAAACGAGCAAACACCUGGUGGCAGUUCUGUCUGAAAUUGUCUUGAAAUGGGAUUCUUAAUCAUUUUUGCACUUAUUCCAUUAGGGUCUGUUAUUUUGAGAAUUGUGUGGUCACAUUGACACCAAAAUCAUAUUUGUAGCAAAGUAUAUAAAUGUAUAUAAAAAUAUAAAAUACACGAAUGAUAUUUUUGGCCUUAGAUGCUAAGACACACUCGUAUCCUGCAAAGUGGAUUCCAACAUUCCCAGUUACUGUAAAUUGAAGUAGAGUUUACGUGCGCUUGAGGUUGCAUGUCGUCGUAGCUAAUGUGUAAACCAUGACAACUGGACGGCUUCUGUAAAUGUUCUACACCUGUGGGUUUAUGUAGUGUGUGUGUGACAUGGAGUCAUCCCGUAUGGACAGGACAGAGGACAUAUCGCACCCACAAUAUGCUGCAGACUUUUCUACUAAUCGGAUGCUCGUGCGAGGACGCGGUCCAGUUGAUUUCAAGGCACCAGUGUUGCUCCCAUCCCACACCAACCAAAGCUAGAGCAGAUGUGACACUACGAGGUUGAAGUAGGACACCAGCCUUUCUGCAAGUUUUGCUUCUUGCUCAAUGUCUUUUUAAUCUCAUCAAUGGGCCCUUUUCACCUAAAUACCUCAGUUAAUUGCAUGCUUUUCUUGUCUUUUGUUUUUUCAUUAUUAUUAUGAUUUUUUUUUUUGGUGCUAUGUUUUUGUAUUAAGCUUGAAUUUCUCAUCUUUUGCACUGUAACUAUAAUACCUCUUGUUUGACUUUGAUUUUAUUUUGGAAAUCUGUUUGAUUUGGUUUUCCUGUUCGCCAAGCAUCAAGCUGUAGAGAUGAGCUGUGUUUUGUCUCUUCCUCGUCUCAUACUAUAGUUUUUCUGGGGGUGAGAGGUAGUUGGAUCAGUUGAGUGUUGGUUGCUUGGACACGUGGUCAGAUCACACUCGCAGGAUGAAGAGACCUUCACCUGUGUGCCUCAAACUAAAUAACUUCACACAGGAGCUUCUACCUCAAAGGACCAAGCACUCAGUGCUGGUUUGUGAUUAAUGCUGCAGUUCGUUGCUGAACUGACUGUGACUCUGCUCUUACUGUGAGAUCUGUACAUAAUGCACAGAUAAGCUAGAGUCCUCCCACCGUGGCAAAUGGCAACUCUGGACACUAGCUUGUCAAUAGAAGGUAGUGUUCUGGCCCACAAUCGUGUUGUCAUAUGCACAUCUAUUGGUUCCACUUAAUGAAUUAGACGGUGUGUUUGAAUAUAGACUGAGGGCUUCAGGAUGCUUGGUAGGAGUGAGUUUUCAGGCUAAAGACUCGCUUGAGUUAUCAGCUGUGGCUGGUAUGUGAAUGUAAUAAUAGGAACAUUUGACUUAACACGAUGUCAUGUGUAUCAGAUUGCAACCUCGAUCAUCUGAAGUGAUGUUGGAGGUCGUAGAGACAAACUGAUUCUCAGUUUAAAUGAGAAGCAGCACUGAAGCGUAAGUCAGUAGUCUAAGAUGGUGUCACCUGCAUGUAGUCCUGAAGUGUAUCAGUGCAGAAGAGGCUGGUGGAACUAACUCAUGUACAACUCUAAGUGAAAUGAUUGAAAUCCACUUCAGCUUCUAACACUCAGGGCUCUGGUCUUUCUUCGCUUGCUCCAUGUUUAGAGGUUUGGGUAGAUGAUGUGCCCUGCAGUCAGGCCUGUGCUGUAGACCCAGCCUGGUUCUUGCAGGCGUCUUCAUUGUGGUGUGGAUUCGUGAAGGCUUCUCCGACCUGCGAGUGUGAUCGCUCCGUUGCCGAGCAGCCGCCUCAGAUGCGACUCCUUCUCUUGUUCAACACACUAGGUAUCCAUGCGACUGGGAGGGACAGGAGAGGUUUACUAUGAGAAUGUGAAAUGACUCCCAGCGGGCCGCAGUUCAGUGUUUUAGCUUUGACUAAGCGUUGCGGCGUUGGCAUCAGUGAGGGCAUCAGAACCUGACGACCUUUGCCUCACGUGUGUAUUAGAGGAGAUCUUGGUCUCGGUGGGUUCCAGCCGGCUGCGUUUUCUCGUACUGGCAGGUUUUUUUCUUAUUUGUACAUGUAGCACAAUUAAGCAUUGCACUUGGGCACCAUACUUUACCUCAUGUCAGAGUGUGUAAGGGAGUAGGAUGGAGACGUUUGGGUGUGAUGCCGUAAGAAUCCAGUUGAAGCUUUGCUGCUGUUUCUACUGCUGGUCUUACACAAACCAGAAUCCGGGGCUGUGGGAGGAACCGUGUGAUGAACGUGGGACCUGACGAGCAGAUCUCCAGCCAGGACUUGAAUGCUGACCUGCCCCCAGGUUUUGAUUCUCAUGUGACAAAACCUCCCGCAGACCUUUUGUUGGGAACUUAAAGGAAAAAUCCACCUCAUCUUGCCUUUUAUGUUUUACAUGAAAACCCACGUUUGUAUGUGGGGACAAUGAGGCUGCUCCAGUUGUUCUGUCACGGUGAUGCUCUGCUUGACACAUGCACGUGUGAAGGGAACGUGGCUUUGUGGUCGUGUCUGCUCCAGCGAUGCUGCGUAGUGUAAACGGGUAAAUGCUGUUUCAGACUUUUCGAUAUUUGCUUGAGGCUCCUUCGGGUGUUGUUGUGGUUCUGUUGAGCUUUUGUCACUGUGGCUUCUGUUUGCUGAAGCUCACAGGAGCAUCGUUGUCAGGCAGGAAUAAGGUCAAGCAGCUGAUGUGAGCUUUUGGCUACGUCAGAGCCGAACCAGGCCUUUCACGCUUCUACUGCCUGCUGUAGAUACGUCAUUAGCAUCAUAAUCACUCAAGUAGCAAAAGUGAAACUAGCAAAUAAUGCAUUCAUCUGUUAUUUUCCGACCUGAAGGCGUUUUAGCAGCUGGCAGAUAAAAAUUCUGAUAUCUAGAUGUUUAAUCUUUUUAUCAAAGUUCCAUUGACAUAGUGUCUGAUGUGUCUGUGAAUGAAAGCUGAAAACCACAGGCUUCACCUUCAGUAACUUGGUAUAUUGUCAUCUGUUUCAUGUAAAUCUGUGAGGUGUGUAAUGUAUUGAGUGUCAAACGUGGCGUCCAGCUGCGACUAAAGCAGAUGAAGCCUGGUUGACCCACAGGUCGAUGCUGUUUCUCUCUCUCCCUACUGCUUUUAAAUGUGCCUGGUGUUGUAAGGUGGAUUUUUCCUUUAGGGGCUGUUUUUAAAAAAAAAAAAAAGUCUGAAUGAAGUUCAGUGAGCUGAUUAGAAGUAGGAGAAUGUGAAAGGAGGAUGAGGAGGAUCUCGGUGGUCACAGCAGCCGAACGCCAGCGGAGCGGAAGCUACGAAGACGGACUGUUCUCAUUCUGCCAUCACAACCUGCAGCAACAUUUAAGGGACAUUGGAUUAGAACGGACUCCUCAUUCAUACUGUAAUACCGUGCUGCAGUGGUUUGCGGUCUGCACCUUAUGGAUCACAAAUACCUUUUACUUUUUCCCCUUUUUUUUAAAAAUAAUUGUAGCCCAAUAUAUCUACAAUAAAGUUAAUGUUAUGGUU